ACAAAUCAAAUCGUGUACAAAUAUGCGUCUGUUAGCGCUGCUUGCUGUUUAUUUGCUGUCGCUUGUGUUUGGCUGCCACGCGCUGCUCCAAGGCGAAGCGCAUAUCCUUGCCAAAUGUUUGAGCAACUAUGGCGGACUGAAUGCAGCCAAUGCUGAGCGACUGGAGCGCUAUAAACAAUGGUCGCCCAACUAUGAGGAGGUGCCCUGCUUUACUCAAUGUUAUCUCAGCGAAAUGUUUGACUUUUACGACAAAGUUGCGGGCUUCAAUGGGCAGCGUUUGCGCCAAAGAUUCAGCCCAGCUCUGGUGGAGGCAUGCAGCUCGCAGCUGCGGUUGCAUGAUCAGUCCAGCGACAGCAGCUGUGAACAUGCCUACGUCGGUUUCCAUUGCCUUGUCAGCCUGGAAAACGAUCCGUUUGUGCUGAUUGAGAGCAUGCCGAAUGCCACGCGUGCCGCCAAAUCUGUGAUGAAGCAGUGUCUGCAGCAGGUGGAGCAAGAGCAAUGGAGUCGUCUGGCCGACUAUGCCAAGUUUCCAGUGGUCGAACCAAUUCCAUGCUAUACGCGCUGCUUUAUUAGCCAGCUGCAGCUAUUCGAUGAACGCACGCGUCGCUGGCGUCUGCCGGCCAUGCGUCAAUCCCUGGGCGUACCACAACCAGCUGCUCCCGUUUCAGGCUGCGCCAAGCGUCGCGGUCGCAAUCCAUGUGCCAAUUUUUAUGAGCAAUUUACCUGCUUUGUUAUGGCCGCAAAGGUUUGAAAUUCAAAUAAAAUAUAUUAGAGAAUUGUUGUACAGCUUGCGGUGUUAUUGAGCUUUAACAGAUGCGACGUAUGAUAAUG